UCCCCAUUGGCUGUGCUCGCUCACAUGGCUAGGGAAAGGGUCUGGAUUUCCCCAUUGGCUGUGCUCGCUCACAUGGCUAGGGAAAGGGUCUGGAUUUCCCCAUUGGCUGUGCUCACUCACACGGCUAGGGAAAAGGGUCUGGAUUUCUGCAGCACUUGGUCUGGAGAGGGGAAGUGUAGCCAGUGCAGGGCUGAGCUUUCCUGUGUGCUGUAGUCUGUGCAGGAAUUAAGAGACGUACUGCUGUAGAGAUGAGCAGUGUUUCCUUAUCCACCUUGAGUGCACUUUAACCCUUUCAAACUCUGCCUUGUAUAUUAUCCCCCACUUACAAUUUGGUGUAUUUACAUACACAUGGUGCGGAACUGGCUGAGCCAUAAAAACCAGUUAAAGCAAAUCUUGGAAGUGAAGGAAAAGCACAUAACAGAAAUACUGGAAGAAGAGAAAACAAAUGGAUAAGGAAAGGGAAAUAGAAGCAAAGACCUUGAGAACAAAGCUCACGUGUGUUGGGGUAGGCGAUGUUUGCAAUAAAGGAAAGAAUUUUGUGAUUGCAGUCAGCGCAGAAGGCUGGUUUCACCUCUUUGACUUGUCCGCCAAGCCUGAAGGCCCAUUGGACCCUUUGCAGGGGGAUGAGCAGAAAGCAACCUAUACCCAGCACCUCCCAGCCAACACGAAGCUUGCUCUGAUCAGUGAUAUUGAUGGGGACGGACUCUGUGAGUUGCUUCUGGGGUACACAGACCGAGUAGUGCGGGCUUUUUGCUGGGAAAGUCCCCCGGAUGCUGACCUGACAUGUGGCCAAUUGGUGGCCCUAAAGAAAUGGCUGCUUGAAGGGCAGGUGGAUAGUCUUUCUGUUAAUCCUGCUGCAGAUGGGACCCUGGAGCUCAUGGUGUCCCAGCCUGGGUGCGGCUAUGCUGUUGCGGCUGAGCUGCAGAAACAAGGUGAGCGGAGAGAGGGGGGAAAGGAAGCACCAAAUGAUGUAUGAGACCAGAAUAGAUGCUGAAGAAGUUUAUGUAUGUGAUGCUUUAAAUAUUAUACCAGGUCACUUUAAUAAUAGUAGACUGUUAAACAUAUACAGUGGCUUGCAAAAGUAUUCGGCCCCCUUGAACUUUUCCACAUUUUGUCACA